CUCGGCGGCUCUCGACGCGCUGUGGGCGGAGACCAGAUUCCGGUUCCGGGUGUUUCCAUAUCCCAGUCGGAGGCUUUCGGAUCUCCGAUUAUGAACAUUUCUCCGAACCUUCUCUCCACCUCCACCUAAUCAGAGCUGCCUUGGACCAUUAGGAAGGUCCCGCCGAAGCCGUGAACAUGACGACCCGCUCGGAGAGGGAGAAGGCCCAGAAGCUGAACGAGCAGCACCAGGCCAUCCUGUCCAAAAUGCUCCGAGAGGAAGACAACAAGUAUUGCGCCGACUGCGAGGCGAAAGGUCCGCGGUGGGCGUCCUGGAACCUGGGAGUCUUCAUCUGCAUCCGCUGCGCCGGCAUCCACAGGAACCUGGGAGUUCACAUAUCCAGAGUCAAGUCUGUCAACCUGGACCAAUGGACCUCGGAACAAAUCCAGAGCAUACAGGACAUGGGCAACACCAAAGCCCGGCGGCUCUACGAGGCCAACCUUCCAGACAGCUUCAGGAGACCUCAGACGGACCAAGCCGUCGAAUUCUUCAUCAGGGACAAAUACGAGAAAAAGAAAUACUACAGCAAGAAUGGCCUGGAUCGCAGCAGCCCCAAAGACAAGAAAGAGAAGGAGCCUGACAGGGGGGGCAAGGUGUCGUCUCACUCCAAGAGUGAAGAGUCCAGGCCCGUUCCCAAAGUCAGCCCCGCAAAGCCUGCAGAGCCGCCGGUGAACCUGCUCGGCCUCGACGCGCCGGCUGCCGUGUCGCCCAACAAUGGAAACACAAGCACAAGCCAGAACAGUGACCUGGAUAUCUUUGGGCCCAUGGUGUCCAAUCCUCUGCCCUCGUCCUCGUCUGCAGCUCAGUUUUCUCAGGUGAGCUCCAGUAACUCGGCCAGCACCCCCACACAAGCUGCAGCGGGAGGGGGGGCCGGCUCAGGGUCCACACAGGGAGACCUGGACCUGUUCAGCGAAAGCAGCAGCGGCAGCACGAAGGCUGAGCAAGCAGACGCCAGCAAGAAGACUUUAUCCAAGGACUCCAUUCUGUCGCUGUAUGGAACCAGCAGCAUGUCUCCUCAGGCCCCCCCAGCCGGCAUGUUCAUGGCCCCCUCUCAGAUGCAGUUUCCAGUCCAGGCCACCGCCGGCUACCAAGCCUUUCCUGGGAUGGGCGCAGGCGUACCCCCCACCACUGUGAUGGGCGCCAUGAUGGCUCAGAGUGGAGCCGCCAUGAUGGGGCCCAAUCCAGGCAUGAUGGUUGGGAUGACCAUGCCCAACGGCUUCAUGGGAAACGCUCCUGCGGCGGGAAUGAUGGGCAUGGCUCCCAGGAUGGUGGGGCCGCAGGGCGGCGCGAUGCCCGCCGGCAUGGUGCCCGCUCAGGGCAUGUACGCCAUCCAGCCGGGGCAGCAGGCGCAGUGGAGCAUGGGACAGGUGAGCCAGCAGAUGUCGGGCCUGAAUGUGAACGGAGCAGGGGGGCAGAUGGCCUUCGCUCAGCCCCCCUCAGCCAUGGGCGGGUGGGCCGCCUCCGGAUCGGGCCAAACCCUGAGCACACAGCUGUGGAAGUGAGCCUGGGAGGGGCUCGGCGUCGGGUCCCAGCGAAGGCUGCAGAAACUGCAAACUCAAAGUGUGCAGCCCCCUCCCCCCCACUCCGGGCCCUUCCUCCUCACAGAUCAGCCUUCAGAACAUGUCUGUCUUCUCCUCUCUGUCUCUCUUUCUCUCUAUUGUGCGAGUGAAUUGGGAGUUCUACAGGAUCUCAGCUUGGCAGUUUCUGCCUGUCGUUUUGGGUUUUGGAUUUAUGACUUUAUUUUCCUUUUUUGGAAAAAUUGCAAGAAAAAAUAAACAGUCCCAACAUCGACAUAUCAGUAAAGCUGCAGGACCAGUUACACAAGCUUUUAUUUUAUCACUGUAUCAUUCUAAGAGUAUAGGAUGUUUAAAUGAAUAGUAUUUAACGGGAGAGGUUGUGAGGAUGGGGAGUCGGCGCGGCUCCCACAUGUACAGCUCUGUAUAACCUUCUUUUAAAGUACCUGUGGUUCUCCUACCAAAUUAAAGCCACCAAAAAGAAA